CCAAUUAAAGCUAGCGCGCAAACGUUUGCUCUAAACGGGGAACGACUGUCGUGGUAAUGUUAGCUUAGAGCUAAGUUGUACUUUUUAUUAUUGUUGUUGUUGUUAUUAUUAUUAAGUGAAGAUGGCGGACAUUCUGUCGCUGAAAGAAUCGGCCGUGGUCUAUUUAGACCGAAGUGGAGGCCUUGAGAAACUGACUGAAGACUGCAAACAGUUCAACGACCCCCAACACGCCGAGGCGGUGUACCGGUUUUGUGUCACCGUGAAUCCCUCCGAUGUGAUCGAGGUGGACCCAGUGCUGGGGGACUGUGUUCUGCAUGAACCUCUGAGGGCGACAGCAUUGUUCCAGUCUGUGAGUGUUUUCUUCCUGGCCAUUAAGACUCUUUCCCUUAUUGAAAAAAUCCACACACAGAGUCAGGUGAACGUCAUUCUGAAUUUGACGCACCUUCCUCCGUUCCCCGAGUACACGCUGGACCUAGGUUGUUUUCCUCGGGGACGCGGCCCCAUGAGGCCCAUCUCCAUGGAGGGCCUGGUCAUCGCUGUGACGAGGGUCACCAAAUACACCCAAGGGGCCCGGUUCCUCUGCAUCAACGAUGACUGCCCCUGCUCUACAGGGUUCCACCACAUCCGAGUCCACGCACCCGGAGCCACGGAGUCGGCCACCGUGAGAAACGACUUCAGCUGCAUGAUCUGCAACUCCCAACUGAAAGAGGAUGUGAAGUUCAGAGUUUUGGGAGACAAACAGCUUGUGGAGCUGAUCCACGUCAAAGCACUGGAGGUUCUGAAUGCCCGUCAGCAAAGCUCACUCAGAUACCAGUCUGUCACCCUGUUCCUCAGAGAUGAGCUGUGUAACUCGAUGACAAUAGGUCGACUCUACAGGGUGUUGGGCAUUCCCGCACACGUCCACCAGUGGCCCAACCUCACCUGGAGCGUCGAGGCAAACGGCGUCCGACCGUGGGAGCCAGAAUAUCUGUGUAACAUCAGUGUCGGGUUCCAGGAGCUGUUGAGGGCCACGGCCUCGUCUCCCUGGAGGUUUUCCGCCAUCGCAGCUCAUGGCUUUGGGCUGGACAUUGCUCCUCCGGGCUCGUACGACACACUGAAGCUGGGUUUGUUGCUCAGCUUGGUGCAGACCAGAGCGGAUGCAGAAGAAGCGUGUCACAACUUGGAUCUCCUAGUUGUCGCCACUGACACUCUUGUAUUCGAUAGCCUUUGUGUUUUUGCUAGACUGAUGACAUACAGCUUGGGUUUGGCACGUCGCGGGGUCCGGCAUCAGGCCUCAGGGGAGAUGUUUGCAUCUCUGUCCCGGGACGAACAUGGAACAGGCAAUGCCAACAUCCAUGCUGGUUCUGCCUUGCUAGCCACUGGGGGCAUCUGCAUGUUGGGAGAUCUUGGGUAUUACAAGAAGGACAAGUUGGAUUCCAUUCAGUCGGGUAGAGCACCAGAGAGAUUUAAAAACAAAAAGAUGGAUACUUUCUGCCAAGUGAUAAGUUCUUCCUCUGAAUUUUUAUCAGUUCUGGAGAGCCGCACAGUGUCUGUGUUCAUCCUGGGGAAGAAGUAUGGUGAGGAUGCUGACCAGCAACUUUCGUUCCCACUCCAGUGCAGCUUCUGGGCCCUCGCAGACCCGUCUCAGCGCUCUGGGAGGACGGACUGUACUGUUCUGGGAACAGCAGAGAUGGGUCCUGUACCACUUCAGCUGGCAGACACCUUUGGCCUGGUCAUUCAGUGUAAGGACAUGUUGAGAGAGCAGGCCCUGCUUGCCCAGACUGUCCACACCCUCCAGCAGUCAGUGCAGCCUGGAAAACCCCUCUACCCAUCCCGCUGGGAGUUUUCCUCUCAAGACUACCAGGAGCUGGUAACCCACGCUCAAACGUUAAAAGUAGAGCUUAGUCCUGGAGCAGAGAAAAUGAUCCACGGUUACUACAUGGCCAGCCGCAGAGUCCGAACACUAAGUCAGGGUGUGAAGAUGUCAGUGGCCUCUAUCAAACUACUGAUCUCCCUGGCUGAGGCUCACUGCAAGUUAUGUCUCAGAACACGAGUACUAGAAGAGGAUGCCGUCAUCGCUGUGCUUCUCUGUGAAAACUCUGUCACUCUCAAGCACGGGGCCUCUGCUCUCAUGAUUCCACCUGAUGCGGUGUUUCCCUGUGAUCUGGGAGAUGAAGAUGGUUUGCACAAGAGAGACAAGAAACUUGAUAAGCUCCACCAGAACAUCCUGCGCUUCAUUUAUGCCUAUGCACCAGGAGCAGACACGUACAUCACAGAGGAGUAAGCUCUCCAACAAUCCAAAAACCACAGUGUUCGAGUCAAGUGGGCAAUGUAGGUGGUGGCCAGUAUGAGCACGUCGAGCUUGGACAGCUUGGUGUCCGGCGGCACCGAGGGCAGCGUCCUCUGCAGCUCCAGGAACGCGGUCCGCAGGGUUUGCACGCGGCU